GAACUCUUGUUUUUUUACAAUGCGUGUUUAUAAACCCUACAGGAAUUCUUUAUUCAGAUCCAGAAAAAUCGUAUAGACCUUCAGUCACCGCGUUGUCAUCAUCACAUGACUCCAGUUUGCACCACACCAACUAUCACCUGACCAGACUGCUUGGGCUAUAUCUGCUGUGGAGUUGCUGGGUCAUUGUUUUGUGAUCGUUAGCGUUUGGGGGAAAUUUACAUAAGCUUUUUGUACUGGUAGUUUUCAUUUACUACCACUGUAAAAUGAAGUUUUUGUAUUUAUGCAUGUUUGUUGCCUUAACUUGGACCUCCGAUGCCCUCGUACGGAUCCCCCUGAAGAAGUUCCGCUCCAUCAGGCGGACGCUGUCCGACUCUGGGAGGACUAUGGAGGAGCUGCUGGCCGGGCAGCAGGCCCUGAAAUACAACCUGGGCUUCCCCUCCAGCAACGGGCCCACGCCUGAGACCCUGAAGAACUACCUGGAUGCUCAGUAUUAUGGAGAGAUCGGGCUGGGCACUCCUCCACAGCUCUUCACCGUGGUGUUCGACACGGGAUCAUCCAACCUCUGGGUUCCAUCGAUCCACUGCUCCUUCACCGACAUCGCCUGCUUGCUUCACCACAAAUACAACUCGGCCAAGUCGAGCACAUACGUGAAGAACGGAACAGCGUUUGCCAUCCAGUACGGGUCUGGCAGCCUGUCCGGCUACCUCAGCCAGGACACCUGCACGGUCGGGGACCUAGCGGUGGAGAAGCAGGUGUUCGGGGAGGCCAUCAAGCAGCCGGGCGUGGCCUUCAUCGCCGCCAAGUUCGACGGGAUCCUGGGCAUGGCCUACCCCCGCAUCUCGGUGGACGGAGUCGCGCCCGUCUUCGACAACAUGAUGAGCCAGAAGAAGGUGGACAAGAACAUCUUCUCAUUCUACCUUAACAGGAACCCAGAGACCCAGCCCGGGGGGGAACUGCUCCUGGGGGGGACGGACCCUAAGUUCUACACCGGAGACUUCAGCUAUGUCAACAUCACCCGCAAGGCCUACUGGCAGAUCCACAUGGACGGAUUGCGCGUUGGGAACACUCUGUCGCUGUGUAACUCUGGGUGCGAGGCCAUCGUGGAUACAGGCACCUCCCUCAUCACCGGCCCGGCCGCCGAGGUGAAGGCCCUGCAGAAGGCCAUCGGAGCAAUCCCCCUCAUCCAGGGAGAGUACAUGGUGAACUGUGACAAGGUUCCUUCCCUGCCCGUGAUCACCUUCAUGGUGGGGGGGAAGCCCUACACACUGACUGGGGAACAGUACGUCCUCAAGGAGAGCCAGGCUGGGCACACAAUCUGCCUCAGUGGCUUCAUGGGCCUGGACAUCCCGGCCCCCGCUGGGCCCCUGUGGAUUCUGGGAGACGUAUUCAUCGGCCAGUACUACACCGUGUUCGACCGCGAGAACGACCGGGUGGGCUUCGCCAAGUCCAAGUAGGAGCUGCCGUGAUGUCACCUUGACAAUCGCCACUCAGGAGGGAAGGGGGGGGGUGGGGAGGGGUAGGGUGAGGAAGACUACUGAGGAGUCUGCACAAGGAGGAUUUCCGUUGCUUCUACAUAAAACCAAGCAGCAAUGCGUUUGUGUGGAGUUUGAAUGCACUGCUUCAAUAACAGUAAAAUGUCAUUGUUUUAUAAAGCAAAUGAUCAAAUUGAAUAAUGUAGGUGAAGGAGGAUGUAACGGGAGAUAAAACUGGCAGAAUAUUUUAUAUCAUUCAGAUUUCUUAGUGGUUUAGAGACUUGUGUGGUCUUUUUUUUUUUUUUUUUGUGUUUUUUUUGUGUUUUUUGUUUGUUAGUUUUUUUCUUUCUUUUAACAGGUAUUGUCAUUUCAUCAACUGCCAGUUACUUAGCAUCUGUUUCUUGAUAAAUGUACCACUGUCAUUGACAUAAUGUAUGUUCACAUAAAUCCGAUUGCACCAAAUAAAGCUGUUUUACCGGG